AUGAGUAACGACGGUCCAUCUCAAGAAAUUGGAGCUCCUAUCCCAAGUAAUACACCUCAUGCUGUUUCUGUAACUUUACCAACAUGGGAGGCUACAAUAGGGUAUGAAGAAGGUGAAGAUUGGGUUGUUAACAAAAUGAACUCUGGAUAUCCAAGAUUUUUCAUACAUUCAGUUAUACAAGAUUUGGCUAAGAACAUAGAAGCGAAAUAUGGUAGAGAGGGUGAAAGAUGUAUGGUUUUUCCAUCGUAUAAUGUUGCUAAAAGAUGUAGGGAAUUCGUCAAAGCAAAAAGUGAUAAAACCAACUUAUCAGUAAGAAUCUUACAAUUAAGUACGCCUCCGCCAGAAGAUGAACUGGAAAAAUCUCUGAUUAUCGAGUCAAAUAUAGGUGUUAUUUUCUUCCCUGCUAGUGAAUUCCCAUUGGCGAAGAAUUAUUGGCAACAUUCGGGUGAAGGUAUUAGUUCUAGAAUGGGUGAGUAUGUAUUAAGAGAAAUAUUUCAAAAGGAAAAAAAGCCUAGUACGUAUAAGGGAAGUCAUAUGAAACAAGAAUUGCAAGCACAAAGAAUUCAGCAAAGAUCCCCUUCGCUUUCCAAAUCUUUACAAUCACCUAGCUUUUCUUCAAACGAAGAAACAGAGAAAGAAUUUAACACAUUUAUUGAACAAAAAUACGGUAGAGUUUUAGAUUUAAAAUUCGCUGAACAAGCUAAAGUAGCAUUGAGAAGAAGAAUCUGUGGUAAGAUUGACAAGUCUCAUAGUCAAGAGGACGAAAUGCAAAAAGCUAGACGUGGUAAACAUCUUAGUGAAACUGAUGUCUAUUUGUACCCAUCAGGAAUGGCUGCUAUUUUCAAUGCUCAUCAUGCUUUAUUACAAGUAGCUGAAACGCCAAAUAAGUCAGUUUGUUUCGGAUUUCCGUAUGUUGACACUUUAAACAUUUUAAAAAAGUUUGGUCCUGGUGUUCAUUUCUUUGGUUUUGGCGAUGAUGAGUCGUUACAAGAUAUGGAAACACAAUUGCAAAAUGGAGAAAUAAAAAUCACUGCCUUGUUCUGUGAAUGCCCAUCUAAUCCAUUAUUGAAGACUCCUAAUUUAAAAAAGAUUAGAGAGUUGGCAGACAAAUAUAAUUUUGCCGUAGUGAUAGAUGAAACUGUUGGGAACUUUGUUAAUAUCCACGUUUUACCAUAUGCAGAUAUUGUUGCUUCUUCAUUAACUAAAGUGUUUUCGGGAGAUUCUAAUGUAAUGGCAGGAUCGUUGAUCUUGAAUCCUGAGUCUAAAAUGUAUCCUGAAUUGAAGAAGUAUUUUGAUGAUGAGUAUGAAGACUUAUUCUGGGCAGAAGAUGCUUUAUAUUUGGAAAGAAAUUCUCGUGAUUUUGCUGAAAGAUCGGCUAAAAUCAACAAAACAACUUUGGCAGCUGUUGAUUUAUUGCAACAGAAUUCGUUGAUUUCAAAGGUAUAUUACCCAUCGAUUUCUGACACUAAGAAGUACUAUGACGCCAUAAAAACACCUGAAGGUGGAUAUGGGGGAUUGAUAUCCUUUAUUUUUAAAGAACAGGAAGAUGCCAUAUGUUUUUUUAAUGCAGUUAAUUUGCACAAAGGUCCUUCCUUAGGUACUAAUUUCACCUUGGCCUGUCCAUAUGCUAUUUUAGCCCACUACCAAGAGUUAGACGAGAUAGCAAAAUGGGAUAUUGAUAGAAAUUUGAUCAGGAUCAGUGUUGGACUAGAGCAGGAGUCUGACUUGCUCAAUGUUUUGAACAAGAGUUUAGAACAAGCAAAAGCGCAACACUAG